AUGGACGGCCUGGGGGAUGGUGAUGGCAUGGGCUUUGACAUGAGCAUGAUGAAUCAACAACAACAACAACUUUAUGGCGGAUACACCAAUGAUGGAUCAGGAAUGUCUGUCCCUGGGGGAUCUAUGUAUGCCGACGACUCCGCAUUGGGCAUGGGGGAUGAGUCCAACGACGCAAAGCGGCGACGAAUUGCUAGGGCCUGCGACAUGUGCCGGAAAAAGAAGAUCAAGUGCGACGGAAAAAUGCCAAAAUGCUCACAUUGCAUCAACUAUAAGACCGAUUGCAUUUUCACACAGGUGGAGAAAAAGAGGAAUCCCCCCAAAGGAGCCAAGUACAUCGAAGGCUUGGAGAAUCGCCUAGGUCGCAUGGAAUCGCUACUGCGACUAUCUGGGCUUUUAUCCGAAGACGACAAUGGCAAGACAGACCUUGGUACGCUGGAAAAACGACUGGCGGACCGCACGAGUGCCCUGAACACGGCGGCGAGAAAUGACAGCACGUUCUCAGCCCCGAGUGCAACCCAGCAAGCCACAACCUCUCACAAUACCACACCGCGCAUGGAUUCGCACUCCAGCCCACAUACUGCCGCAACCUCUCCGGAGUCACAAAAGCAGUCCGAGACAGAGGUCGAGGCCUUGUCGGAUAUGAUGUGUUCAUUGGUGACGAACAACUGUGGCGAGACACGGUAUAUCGGCUCUUCUUCCGGGUUUUCUAUAUUUUCUCCAAAAGGAAUUCAAUGGGUGAACGAGAAAACAGGCGACACUUCGUUUCAAGAAAUGAUCUCGUCCGCCUACGUUGACGAUAAUAAAUGGAUGUACUGGAAGCCGGAAAUAUUUAGUGACAUCUUUGCCAGAAGGGUCUUCAAGCCGUUACCGCCAAAAGAGGAAGCCCUUUCCUUGUUCAAAGACUUCUUCGAAAAUUUCAAUUGCAUGUUUCCGUUGUUUCACGAAGCGACGUUUAUGCACCUAGUGGACAAACAAUACUCUCGCGAUCCAUAUGAAGGGUCUGGGUGGUGGGCGAGUAUCAACGUGGUGCUAGCCAUUUCCCAUCGACUCCGUGUGAUGAGCAAUUUGGUACCGCAAGAAGAGGACAAGAAAGCUUGGCUGUACUUGAAGAACGCCAUGGGUGUUUUGACAGAAUUGACAAUGCGCAACACCGAUCUUUUGAGUGUUCAAGCACUUCUUGGUAUGUCUCUCUUUCUGCAGGGUACACCGAACCCGCAGCCCGCUUUCUUCCUAGUUGCAGCAGCCAUUCGACUUUCACACAGUAUUGGAUUGCAUAAGCGUGGCUCCGGUUUCGGUUUGAACCCAGUGGAAGUAGAGCAACGGAAGAGAGUUUUCUGGAUUGCGUACUGCCUUGAUAAGGAUAUUUGUCUACGAUCUGGGCGACCACCAGUCCAGGAUGAUGACGAUAUGAAUGUGGAGCUUCCGAGUGAGGACCCACCAGACAACGUCGGCGCUGUUCCGUAUGAUGAUGGAAAAGGCAAAUUCAACCUUUUCAGAGCUUUCUGCGAAUUUGCAACCAUUGAAAGCAGAGUUUACAAAAGGCUUUACUCCGCCAAGGCAUCUCGACAAUCUGACGGUGAAUUACUGAACACCAUCGGCGAGCUUGACAAGGAGCUUGAGGAUUGGAAAGAUAAUAUUCCAGUUGACUUCCGCCCAGAAUAUGAGAUUCAAGCUACUCAUGGCCCACUUAUCUUACAUGUCGUGGUCCUGCAUUUCGCAUAUUACAAUUGCUUGACGACGAUCCACCGCAUGUCUGUACACCAUGGUUAUUGGACCAGCCGACUAUCAAACUAUGCUAUUCAAGGAUUGAAUGCACGACCACUGAACCCGAGGGUUUUCCUUUCAGCUGUUCUUUGCGUCACAGCGGCCCGAGCUUCGAUAAAUCUGAUCAAAUACAUUCCACAGGGCGACUUCGCUUGUGUUUGGUUAAUACUAUACUAUCCAGUAUCGGCUCUUGUCACUCUCUUUGCCAAUAUUCUUCAAAAUCCUACUGAUGCUCGUGCUCGAUCUGAUGUCAAGUUGAUGAAUGUGGUGGUAAAUUUCCUAUCUACCCUAGUCUCUGACGAAUCAAACGGUAGCAUCAAGCGUAUGCUUUCGCUCUGCGGAGAAUUCGAGCGGAUCGCCAAGGUCGUUCUUGACAAAUCCGAAAAAGAAUCCCAGGCUCGGAAGAAGAGGAAGAACGCACCUGAUGAUACUGGUUCCUCCCAACAACAGCGGGAAGAACCCAACAAACAAUCAGCUCCCUCUCCAUCCACUCGAUUCCAAGGACCUCCCACCUCCACACCUUUCUCACCAUCAAUGUUUGCCAACGAUCCUUCCGCUGCCAACUCUUCCCCCAUGACAGCAAAGGAAUUUGGCACAAACCCUCCUCCCAUGCCAUCCAAUACUGGUGAGCUUCCAAGUAAUGUCCAUGGUAUGCCUGGUCUUGGCCAGGAUUUCACAGAUAUGCUUAGUCCCGAACAAAUGGGCAAUGUUCCAUUCGGCGAACAAGGAUUUGGACCUACAAGCCCUCAAAUAAGUCCCUUCCAGCAGCCAUUCGUCCCGCAAGAUCUAUGGCAGAUGCCAAUGACAAUUGAAUGGGACUGGGCGGACAUGUCUACCAAUUUCCCCGUUUUUGAAGCUGGAGCGGGCCCUCAUGGCCAACCACCUUCGCAAUAA